AUGUGCCAGACACCUUAUGUAGUGGCCGGCACCGAGCACUUAGGCAGUAGUACUAUCACACAUGCGGCACCCAAACGAGCAGAAACUUUUGCUGGCUUUGACAGCCUUGAUUUAAGGAAAGAGCCUGUUCAUAAACGCCAACUGUCUUAUGCUCAUCCUGAUGGACGAAGUUCCAGUAUGUUUAAUCUCUCUGAAAGUGAAACUUUGUCAGCCAAGGAUGCCAACAAAAUGAAUUUCCGAAAAAGUGCAGGUUACUUACAUAGUAUGAUGGCUAAAAAUUCACCAGUGGAGGGACUAGAUGCAGGCCAGACGGUCAGUUGGGCUGGUUCUGUUGGUUCUUCAGAGAUGCUUCCAAUAUCCACUCCAUCUUCUAGUGUGCCAUCUAUUCCCGAUUCCACUGGUUCCCCAUCUUCUGCAUCUCUUGUCUCAACAACAGCUGCAAUAACAAACACCUCAGACAGACUUUGCAAUACUGUACAACUUUCACAGUUUCUCCAUGGCUUUGUGGAAUUAUCAGUUCAACAAAGCACAGCGUUAGAAGGUAUGCGGCAACAACUGGUGGAAGCACAUGAUAGAAUUGCCAGGCUAAUGGCAGAAAAGUCUGAGAUUAAUAAACAUUCCCAGCUUGAGGAAUUAGUUAUUCUAAAUAUUCCCUUUUUUUUAUCUUCUUUUUUUUAUCUUCUUUUUUUUUUACCUUUCUUCUUUUUUUUUUACCUUUCUUCUUUUUUUUUUACCUUCCUUCUUUUUUUUUUACCUUCCUUCUUUUUUUUUUACCUUCCUUUUUUUUUUUUACCUUUCUUUUUUUUUUACCUUUUUCUUUUUUUUUUUACCUUUCUUUUUUUUUUUUUUUUUUUUCUUUUUUUUUUACCUUUCUUCUUUUUUUUUACCUUUCUUCUUUUUUUUUACCUUUCUUCUUUUUUUUUACCUUUCUUCUUUUUUUUUACCUUUCUUCUUUUUUUUUACCUUUCUUCUUUUUUUUUACCUUUCUUCUUUUUUUUUACCUUCUUUUUUAUCUUAAAAAAAAAAAAAAAGAACUUUUCUUUCUUUCUUUUUUUUUCUUUUUCUUUCUUUUUUUUUCUUUUUUUUUCUUUCUUUCUUUUUCUUUCUUUCUUUUUUCUUUCUUUCUUUUUUUUUUUUUUUUUUCUUUCUUUUCCUUUCUUCUUUUCCCUUUCUUUUUUUUCUUUCUUUUUUCUUUCUUUCUUUUUCCCUUUCUUCUUUUUCCCUUUCUUCUUUUUCCCUUUCUUCUUUUUCCCUUUCUUCUUUUUCCCUUUCUUCUUUUUCCCUUUCUUCUUUUUCCCUUUCUUCUUUUUCCCUUUCUCCUUUUUCCCUUUCUCCUUUUUCCCUUUCUCCUUUUUCCCUUUCUCCUUUUUCCCUUUCUCCUUUUUCCCUUUCUCCUUUUUCCCUUUCUCCUUUUCCCUUUCUCCUUUUCCCUUUCUCCUUUUUCCCUUUCUCCUUUUUCCCUUUCUCCUUUUUCCCUUUCUCCUUUUUCCCUUUCUCCUUUUUCCCUUUCUCCUUUUUCCCUUUCUCCUUUUUCCCUUUCUCCUUUUUCCCUUUCUCCUUUUUCCCUUUCUCCUUUUUCCCUUUUUUAUCUUUUUUCCUUUUUUAUCAUUUUUAUCUUUUUUCCUUUUUUUUUCCUCUUAUAAUAAAAAAUGA